AUGGUCCUCCCCAGCCAUCUCCAGUCCCCGAGUGUCCUCUAUCCACUGUCUAGUCUCUUCCCCUGGCCACGAGGAGGUGACCUCCCUGUUGAUUAUCACGUCCUGCUGGUGAGGUCUCCCUGUGUGUUCCUCGUUCCUCCACAGGGCACCGGGUGCCAGGAGGAGCCCCUCCCCAGGAGCAGCCCACUCACUUCAAGCCGCCCAGGGCCGGCACCCGGAGAGGACCAGGUCUGGAGGACAGGCCUUGGGGGAGACCCGGCCUCCUCUCUCCCCUUGGGAAGCAGCUGCCUGAAGUACCUGACCUUCCUGUUCAACUUCCUCUUCUCUCUGCUUGGUCUGCUGGCCCUGGCCGUUGGGCUCUGGGGCUUGGCUGUCAAAGGGUCUCUGGGGAGUAGCCGGGGGGCGGCCCUGCCCGAAGACCCCUUGCUGGGACUGACACUGGGGGGGCUGGUGGUCAGUGCAGUGAGCCUGGCGGGCUGCCUGGGUGCCCUCUGCGAGAAUGCUUGCCUGCUGCACUGCUUCUCUGGGGGUCUCAUCGCCUUCCUGGCGCUGGAAGCUGUGGUGGGUGCCUUGCUGGUGGCCUUCUGGGGCCCGCUGCAGGAUGGCCUGGAGCCCACCCUGCGUGUGGCCAUCACCCACUAUCAGGAUGACCCGGACCUGCGCUUCCUCAUUGACCAGGUCCAGCUGGGGCUGCAGUGCUGUGGGGUGUCUUCCUACCAGGACUGGACGUGGAACCUGUACUUUAACUGCAGCUCCCCUGGGGUCCAGGCCUGCCGCCUUCCUGCCUCCUGCUGCAUCAACCCCAGGGAAGAUGGCGCGGCUGUCAACCGCCCGUGUGGCUUCAGAGCUCUGGGCCUGGAUGAGGAUGCUGCUCAGAGACGGGUGCAUCUGCAGGGCUGUGGCCCUCCACUCCGAGGGUGGCUGCGCAGGAAUGUCCGGGCGGUGGGUGCCUGCACAAUCGCAGUUGUGGUCGUGCAGGGGGUGGAGCUCCUGUUGGCCGCCCAGCUGGUGAGGGCCCUGGCUGUCCGUCGGGUGGGGGGUGGAGAGCCCCAGAACCGCGGGGACGGAAAGGUCCCCUGCCAAACUGGCCCAGGGCUGACAGCCCCGUAG